AUGAUCAAGGACCGAUCCCCUACUGAUCAAGAUCAGGAGAUAGACAAGGAUAACCAGCCGACUAGUAAAGGACAAGUGGAACAACCUCAAACUUGGCAUUCGUACAUCAUCCGUCCCUACCAUGUCCGGUCUUUGGCCAAAUAUUGUCCAUUGGCAGCUGCCGUUUUGGCUCCUCUUUCCACUUUACUAGACAUACCCGCUCUCACCCAACAUUGGUACACCCUGAAUGGUGUUGCUCAACCCGAUCCAACAGCCUCUCUUGCUCUUUCAGCUGUCGGACUCGCUCUAAAUGUCUUCGCAAACGCUUUCCUCAUCUUACGUUUCUCUUCCUCCCGUACUUGGUGGUGGCAUCACGCUACACAAUGGUCUCUCAUGAACUGGAUCCUCAAGGUCAUUGUGGCUGCAAUCAAUCUCAUCCUCUUCGGUAUAGUCACUAGAAACUCGGCCGGAUAUCAAUUCGCCGAAGGUUUCUGGUGUGCUGUUGUAUCUAUCAUCGAUGCUGGUAUUAUUUCCAUCGCCCUUAUAGUCCACUACUUCUUUGCGUUUGGUAAAUCCUCCGAGGAUACAUCGGAAGUGCGAUCAGAAGGAAAGAGGUUCAUGAUUUCCGUCACUAUUUUCUUGGGAAUCCUGGCGCUCCAAUCACUCGUCUUUUGCAAAAUCGAACAUUGGGCCUACUCCGAUUCGAUAUACUUUUCUGUUCAGACCGCGCUGACCAUUGGAUUCGGCGAUUUCUCACCCACCACCACUGCAGGCAAAGUACUGGUGUUCCCCUUUAGCGUCCUCACGAUCAGUCAACUAGGAAACGAAAUCGCGCUCAUCAUCGGGUUUAUCUCACAGAGGGCCAACGAGAGACGAGAUAGAUGGAAAAAGAGGUAUGAAACAGCUAUGCAUCAGGAAGCAAAUUCGAAAAGACCACAUGCAGGGUUGUUGGAGGAGAUGGCGUUGAUACAUCGAAUCAAUUCGAGGGAGGAAAUGAUGAGUCAAGUCUACGAUCUCUUUUGGUCAGCUGUCAGUUUGGUAGUUUUCUGGGUAUCAGGAGCUGCUAUAUUCUCUUCCAUCGAAGGCUGGCCAUACGGUAUACUGAUCACAGUCAUGAUUCUGUCUCUGACGAUCGGAUUCGGGGAUUAUACUCCAGUCCAACCGGCAGGAAAAGUUGUGUUUAUCGUUUAUGCUCUCAUGGCCGUCCCUAUAGUCACUUCUUUCGCUGUGCAGACUAUCACCGGAUUGUUGAGCACAGUGUCAAAUCGUAAUGCCGAACAUGAAGCUUUCGAAAGACAAAAGACCGAACAACCUGAAUCUUUCAACCCACAUUCAGACUUUGUACUACGAUACCAUGACCUCUAUGCCGAUAUGCGUAAACGUUUCACUGGGUCUGACAUUUCCAACUCGAAAUUCCCCAAUAACGGUGAUAACAGUACUACCCCCUCUGAAUCUCACACGGCCGAUGUGAAGAUAUCAAAGGAUAAUGAGAAACCGUCUGAGUCAGGACAUCCAGACCCUGACCCAGAAGAUGGAGAGGGUCUCAAUGCCGGUGUGGUCAAGAAGAACGUAGAGGAAGAUGUCCGUCGUGCGGAGGCAGCGGUCGAUCAGAAAGAUGAACAAUCGAAUAAACAGGAGGAUGACGAUGCGGAUGAGGAUGAGCCAUCCCAUAAGGAGAAGAAAGGAGGAAAGUUAGUGGAGAAAGAAGAGAAACAAUUGGAGAAAGAAUUGUUCAGACAAUUGAUGGAUAGGAUCAUCCAACUGGAAGCAGAAGCUAGACAGAUGUUGUUGGAUAGUAUGUCUCAAGGUGUUCCAAGAACAUUGUUAUUGGCUGAUCGGAAUGUUCAAAUCCGUGAUGUUCGAGCACUUCGAGGAGAUGAUGCCAAUUUACUAGCCAUCUGGCGAGGAGAAGAACAAAAAACUGAAAAUGAUAUCGCCCAGAGGAAAAAGGACCAACCUGAUCAAGCUCCCAAUAUGGCAGGUGAAGAUAAAAAAGGUCAUGAAGUCGACAUGCUUCUUAGAGUUCGAAGAUAUCGUGAUACCUUUGCUGAGGUUUUAGUACUCGGUUCAAUCUUGCAAAAGUUGGAAGGGGACGAUUUGAACCAAUUCGAGAGAUGGAGAGAACAGAAUGAUGAUAUCAACAGAGAACCAGAAGAGAGAUGGGAAGCUAUAGCAGGGAGUGGAAUGGGGACACAUAAUUUAGGAAGUGCGGUUGAAGGUUUGGUUGGUGUUCCAGGUAGGAUGUUGAGAAGACGAUCUAGAAAGAAUUUAAGGAGGAUGAAAACUACUCCAGGGAAAUUCGAAGGUGUUGAACAAUCAUCUGCAUAA